AUGUUCUCCACCUCCGCCGUGCAACUGCGUCAUCGCCUGUUUCACUCCGUGCGUCAAAAUGUGCCUUUCCACUUCAACCCUGUGCAGUCAAUCUUCCCGCUUAUCUACGAGAACAACCUCCUCGCCAAACCACGCCUCAGCUGGAAGGACUUUGAGGGACGGAAAGCCUUCGACGCCGAUCAUCCCCUCCCCGUUGUGGGGACGCGACUCAAUGAGCGCACCACUACGCACAAGUGGUCUCAUUGGGAUCAGUACAUCAACCCGCAGAUCACACAGAGUUGGAGAGAUCUGACGCCGUCGCCUGAGUACGUUGGGCCACGCAGCGGUCACAACGUCAUCAAGAUGGGGUGGAUGAAGAUUGGCGGUAGCUGGAAGUACUCUCGUAGCUACAACGACGCACGACGUGGUUUUGCCAAGGGACAGUGGCAGGAGCGCAAGAUGACGCCUCGCUUCAUGCUGGCACCGCGCGUGUCCGCUGGGGGUCCGCGCAACCGGUACGAAGGCAAGGCGUCCUUCUCGCGCCUCAACCUCAGCAAACUGCUCUGGGCUGUAGAUACCGGCCGACUAAACCCGAAUGAGACCAUCACGCUCUAUCACCUGCGCCAUGCAAAGGUCAUUGCGGACCGCGAAAUUCUCUGGCCAGGUAUGGUGCUGCUUGCCGGUAGCGUGGAGCGUGUCCCGUAUCCGAUGCACGUCGAGCUGCAGAAUGCGUCUGCUAAGGCUAUCCAGCUGCUCGAAGAGGCAGGGGGCACCUUCACAAACGUGUACAUGUCGCACCAGGGUCUCUACGAGGAGCUCCACCCGGAGGAGUUCCCGACCUUUAUGGAGCAGGAACUGCCGGAGAGAAAGGGGCUCGAAAACUUCGCGACACAUCCGCGGAAGCGCGGCUGGCUGGCACAGUGGUACGAGGACGAGGGCCGCUAUGCCCAUCCCAGUGCUGGACGAUGCUCUGCACACUAUGUGCGGCCUCCGACCGAUCGCGACUUCCCCGCCACCAUCGAGGAGUACGAGCUAGCAAAGCACCACCAGAAAUGGCACCUGAACCAGCCUGGAAGCGCUACCGUUUUGCCGUGGCACUCCCUCAACACCGCUGACAUGGCGCGGCGGUCAGCCGGCCGACUGUAG